AUGGAUUACGAAGCAAAUGAAGAAAACGAUUAUGACAGUGAUUUUAUUGACGAAGAUACAGAGUCACGUCUUUACAGUGCAGUAUUCUUUGAAACGUCAAUUUACACACCUGUAUCACAUGAUUUAGUAUCGGAACGAAUCGAUUCUAAUUUUAACGGUACAUCAUUUUUACACAAUUCGGAAUCAUCUAAAAAUUCUGUUUUCAUGCAUGUUGAGUGUGUAAAUAAGGAAGUAUCUGAUGCGUUGACAACCUCACUUCAAGUUCAACGGGACUGUUUCGAAGAUGAAUGUGAAAAGGAUACCUCGUCAUCAAGUUCUGGUUGUAGUGUUUUGUUGCAUUGUGGAAAUGAAUCUUCUGAGACUGAGAUCAGUACUCAAGGCGUUAUUCUUGGCGUUUCCCAUGAUACGUUGCUGCAUGUUGAGAAUGGGAAUAACUCUCCAGCAGUGCCAUGUCAGACAACAUUUAACGAUGAUUCGAACUCCUUCCGUUUUUGA